AGCGCACCUGCAGGAUCCGUUUGUUGAAGCAAGUAAAAAGUAUUGCACAUUCAUAUACGCACGCUUGGCUCUCUGCAUUUGGCCGAUGUUAAACUAGAUUCGCGUUAUUUUGCUUUUUUGUUUUGGUCAAAUUUUCACCUUCACGCCUGUUUCCGUAUCCGAGCGACGAAAUGGAGUGUUUACCAAUGUGUCUAACCUAACCAAUGCGAUGUGUCUAACCUAACAAACGCAAAGGCGAACGGUGUCGAAUUACCAACAAGCUACUAACCCGCUCGCCCAAGGGCGGGACAGUGUUGAACCAAUCGAUCGGUGUCGCGGUUUGUUUGGACAAACAUCGUUAGACUUCUGUGUGCACGGGCGGGGUGACCGUGGAACCGUAAUAGUGCCAGAAUACCGUGCAGUGCCUCACCGCGUGCCAAGAUGACCGCCGCCAGCACCACGGAACCGUCAGCGUUCGAUCACAUCGAAACCAUUAUCAUCGAGGGACAACCGACCGACAUCGUGUACCAUCGGUUCGCGAACAAGCUGUUCCUCAUCAUCACCCAGCACCAGAAGGUGGCCAACGUGUACACGGUGCGCAGCCAUGCCUACAACGACCUGAGCGGAGACGACAGCACACCCGCCACCGGUGCGAGCCGGAUCUACACCAUCAAGCACACGUUUGGGGCCAGCUCGGACGAGGCGGAAGCGGCCAUACGCUACCUGAUGAGUUUCAUCCCACAAAGCGAAGAGAUCGUCAUCACGUUGGGGCUGAGGCGGAUCGAUAAACCCACCCUGGACCAGAUCGGGGCCCAGCUGAGACAGAUUGUGCUGGGGUAAGGUGAGUGGUGUAGAUCGGGAUGUGAUUUGUGUUCGUCUCGGUGGAGGUUCAUUCUUA